AUGCGGCUCUGGCGACAUGAUGCGAUGACGCAGCACCUGUACGAGAGCUCUGUUUAUUGGGGGGAUAAGGUGCUCAGCUGGACCCAUGAUCCGAAUGAUGCAUUUUGGCUUGCACAAGCGCACUUUUUGAAUCAUGAAUACUCGCGCGCCGAGACUCUCCUGCUUAAAGAGUUCACAAUGCCAGCUAAGACCGCCCCAUCACUCAAGGGGAAGGAACGGGAGGACUUGAAUGGCUUUCUGACUGAGCCUAUUGGGGGAGGGAAGAUACAGACUGCUGGGAAACAGGGCGUACGAUUAGUGGAUCUGAGCAUUGGAUGUCGGUACUUGGCAGCUCAAUGUCAGGUCAAGCUGGGAAAAUGGGCAGAAGCGCUCGAGCUACUGGGAGAAACGAAUCCGUUCACUCAGACGGGUCAGUCUGGUCCUUUAAUACCGAAUCGUGAUGGUGGGUUCAAGGUCGAGGCAUCUAUGUGCCACUUACGAGGGCUGCUGUUGCUACGGGUGAAUCGCGCAGACCGGGCAAAGCAAUGUUUUAUGGAGGCAUUGGCGCUUGAUGUCAAGUGUUACGAUGCCCUGGAACAACUAGUUGCAGGCGAGAUGAUGAGUGUAGAUGAAGAGUGGGAGUUCGUGCAAGGGUUAGCAUACAAGGAGCAAACACCAGAAGAUGCCGAGUUCGUGAGGCUAAUGUAUAUGCAAAGGCUAAAAAAGUACAAACACAUGGACGAAAUGGCAGAAGCUCGAAAAAAGUUGGAGAGCCAAUACGACCUCCACGGAAACAGCGACGUCCUCUUCGGCCUCGCCGACACCCUUUAUAGUCAAAAUCGCUGGGCCGACUGUUUCCUCAUCACAUCCCAGAUCCUUAAUCAGGUCAAUGUACACACUGCAACUCUUCCCCUACAUCUUGCUUGUAUGCAUCACCUCUCGCAUAUGCAUAGCCGCUUGUUCCUCCUUGCACAUGAGCUCGUUGAACGAGAACCAAAUUCUGCAAUCAGUUGGUAUGCCGUGGGUGUUUGGUAUCUAACACAAAAGAAAUACGGUGAAGGAAGGAAAUAUUUCAGUAAAGCUUCGAUCAUGGAGCCGCGCUUUGGUCCGGCAUGGAUCGGUUUUGGUCAUACAUUUGCUUUGGAGGGGGAACACGACCAAGCAGUGACGGCAUAUUCCACUGCUUCCCGCUUAUUCCAGGGAUCUCACCUACCACUCCUGUUCAUUGGCAUGCAGCAUCUUCAAGUUUUCAAUUUAACCCUGGCAAGCGAGCAUCUGGCUGCGGCCCUGAAGAUAUGCAACUCUGAUCCCCUAGUGUACAACGAACUGGGUGUUCUGGAAUAUUAUAACGAACAGCGACGUGCCCUUGAGCUAGCCGACACCACCCAAAGCUCUCAGAGCAUUUGGAUCAAAACCCGUUACAACCUAGCUCAGGCAUAUCGGAGGCUGGGCCGAUUACAAGAUGCGAAGACUAAUUUCACCAAGGUCCUCGAUCUGCAGCCUAGGAAUGCUUCGGCGAUGACUUCUUUGGGCAUGGUACAGCAUCUGCUGGGCGAGAUAGAUGAUGCCAUCAUGUCGUACCAUGAGGUAUAUUGA